AUGGAUCAAUCACAGGAUUCCGAAAUGAGGCUUGACGUCGGGGUCAGGGUUCUCUCUAUGGGAGGGCUUAUAAGCUCCGUGUUUGCCAUGCCCGCUGGCAGGACCGGAGCCCGACAGUUUAGUGGUUCCUUGCUUGACGAAAUUAGUCAAUCGCCGAAUUCAUUCCUUGUCAAUAAUGCAAAAUUUAUUCUCGAUGAGACAAAUUUUGGAUCUCUCAACAGUUAUGUCGCCAUGGGCAAAAGUCUACCAGCAACUGAAAAUGACUUCUAUACCAAAUAUGACAAGGAAAAAUUCUACAAUUCGAUGAGAGAUGUUAUCCUCAGGCAUGGAGACUUCUACGCUAUGUCAUGCGACGCACAUGUCUCGAUGCGCAGAAACACUAAAUUCUACCACCGGAAUACCGUUCAAAAAUUCGUGGAAUAUGGAACUCGAGUAACACAAUAUGCAGAAGUCGCCAGAAUCAUAUACUCUAUGCUCGCGAAAACCCUAGACGAGAUGCAUGGUUUGCCGAGGGGUUCCCCGGAACGCCGUGAAAAGCUUCAAAUGCUAAAGCAACUCCUCGACGGAAUAAUCAGCGCCACAUUAGCCAUGUCUCAGAAUUCUACGGGAAUGCAUAGUGGCCUUCUUUCGUUUCAAGCCGGGACGAUCGACGACAAUGAAUUGGUCACCGCCGCUUCAAACUGCCUUUUCGCUGCACAAGCUGACAUUGACGCCACUUUCAAUCGAAUGAAGUCUAAUCUUGACGCAGCUGAGAAGAAAGUAAAUGAUUUACAAAGGAGGAUGGAUCGGGGUGAUAAAUCUGAGACUACCUAUUGGGAUCACUAUAACGCCGUCAUCGAUUCAAUGGCAAGGGCAUCCGCCUGGGCUAACUGCUGGGACAUGAUUGACGAUCUAAAGGCAAUCAGUGCUCAAUCUAGCCACAUCCUCAGGUACAUCAACAAUGCUUUAGCCCAGCUAAGUGUUGCAAUAGAAGGAUUCGCCCGAAUCUCGUCGGCAUUUUCGAACAUGCGAAGUCAGUUUGUGUCCACAACGGGAGAUAUCGAUCAAAAUGCCAUCCCGAGGUUCUUUUCCGACAUUUUAUUUAGAGAUACUCUAAAUUCUACCGCGGCAGACUGGCUGGUAGUCAAAGAGGCAGCAAACGACUUCACUGCAGAGACUGUUUCGCAACUACAAUCCCUCGGCCUUUAA